CGCGCAGAGUCGGCCGGCUCCGGGGCUGGACCUCAGCCUCUCCCGACCCGGGCCGCCGCCGCGCCAGUGGUGGCUCCGCGUCCCCAAAAGGGGCCCUCCGACUCCUCGCUGGUCCAGUCCGGCGCCGGUUCGUGGAGCCCCGUACAACUCCUGCUGGUCCCCAAACGGGAUCCCUCCUUCCCCGAGUUGCGAGCAACUUUCCCCUCUCCCUGUCGCUGCGGUGGCUCGGGGACCGUAGCCGCCGCAGGUAGCUGAACCCGGGCCACGCUCCCCGCGCCUCGGCUGCGCGCGCGUCGGUCGCUGCUGCUGUGGGUGCACGCUGGGGGUCCGGCGCGCUCGGCUCUGCGGGCGAGAUGCCCUUGGGACACAUCAUGAGGCUGGAUCUGGAGAAAAUCGCCCUGGAGUACAUCGUGCCCUGUCUGCACGAGGUUGGCUUCUGCUACCUGGACAACUUCCUAGGCGAGGUGGUGGGCGACUGCGUCCUGGAGCGCGUCAAGCAGCUGCACUGCAGCGGGGCCCUGAGGGACGGCCAGCUGGCCGGGCCGCGCGCCGGCGUCUCCAAGCGGCACCUGCGGGGCGACCAGAUCACGUGGAUCGGGGGCAACGAGGAGGGCUGCGAGGCCAUCAGCUUCCUCCUGUCCCUCAUCGACAGGCUGGUCCUGUACUGCGGGAGCCGGCUGGGCAAAUACUACGUCAAGGAGAGGUCCAAGGCAAUGGUGGCUUGCUACCCGGGAAAUGGAACAGGUUAUGUUCGACAUGUAGACAACCCCAACGGUGACGGCCGCUGCAUCACCUGCAUCUACUAUCUGAACAAGAAUUGGGAUGCCAAGUUACACGGUGGGGUCCUGCGGAUAUUUCCAGAAGGGAAAUCAUUCAUAGCGGAUGUGGAGCCCAUUUUUGACAGACUCUUAUUCUUCUGGUCAGACCGCAGGAACCCACAUGAAGUCCAGCCUUCCUAUGCGACCAGAUACGCUAUGACUGUUUGGUACUUUGAUGCUGAAGAAAGGGCAGAAGCCAAAAAGAAAUUCAGGAAUUUAACUAGAAAAACUGAAUCUUCCCUCACUGAAGACUGACCGAGCUCUGAAAUCCGCUGGCCUCAUUCCUUUUAGUAACAGUUCCUGAAUUCCCUUUAAGAGUUGAGAUCCAAAGAAGGCCUCUUCAGUGACUCGGUGACAAGAACCCCCCCUAUUGCUUGCAUCAUUCACAUCCCUGUCUUGCCAAUGGUACUUUGGGUUUUCUUGCCAAGACCUCAUCCACCUUCAGACACUCUCUUUGCCAGAUGAACUCAUUUGCUAACCCCAGAAAUACCUGCAGACGACCUAGCUGGCCAGUGGUUUAACUGAUAGCUUUGGAAAUACUGGCCAUCAAAAGAAGCGCUUGGAACCACGGGCGAGGGAAUGAAUCCUACUUGCACUUUAUGUAUGCUUCCUGAUUUGAAAGGAGGAAUUUGCAAAGAAGAAAAAUGGUGACAGAUGCCACCAAGAGGCAUCAUUGAAGCCUUAACAGCAGGAAACAGAAAUUUGUGUCAUCUGAACAAUUUCAGAUGUUCUUAAUCCAGGGCUGUUGGGGUUUCUGGAGAAUUAUUACAACUUAGUGACGUUAUUACCUCUAGAAAGGGCUGCUGUCAUAGUCAUCAAUUUUUAAGUAUCCUGUGGGUAGACACUCCUUUUUCUGGUCCUACAACCUGGACUUUCUGUCUCUGCCUCAUUUUGCUGAAAAUACAACUUUCUGAUCACAGAUGACAACACCAUUUAUUUUCUGUUUUUACUUCUUACUUAGAGAACCUAAUUCCCCAGAGGCAAAAACUAGACAUUAGUCGUUUUGCUUGCUUUGUUGAAAUGGAAUUUGAAUUUAAGUUAAAGGGAAAAAAUCUAGCUGGUAGUUUAGAGUCAACAAGCUCUGAUGUCAAAAGACCUGGGUCUCCCAACGUACAAUAAACAUGUGCAUCUUGAGCAGUUUGAGAGUGGAGAUGGAGUUGGGAAUGUGGGCAUUCCUGUUUCUCAGUUUUCCUUUUUGAGGAACUCACCCUUCCCUUUAACAAAAUAAGAAAAUAACAAAAAGUAGGCUGUUGUAUUUUAAAAAGGAAAUGGAAAUAAAACAAAAAAUCCUGAAAAGCUGUUGGAGUUCUUCCACGUUUUCUGUCCCCAAUAGCGUUAUUUCAACAGACUUGACUCUCCAGAUCCACUGAGAUUGGCAGUGUGGCCAGAAUCUUGGAAUUUGCUAGAACUGUGGAAGGUUCUACUAUUGCGGUAAGCACAGAUAAUGCUGCCUCAAAAACUCUGUGUCAAGCACCUAUUUUAUGAAAGUUACUCUUCCUAGGUUUCAAUUCCAUUUUCAUAUUUUCAAAAUCCCUUUAAUUUCUUGCUUGAAAAAUCCCAUGAACAUUAAAGAGCCAAAAAUAUUUUCUUUUGCCCUUUACAGCUAUAUAGACUUUCCAAGAAAGAAGCUUAUUUUUUCUAUUUCUGGUUUUGGAAAGUUUCCAGAUAAGACUUGUUUUGAUUUUCACGAUGGCUCUAUUUUUUCCCAUAGUGCUUAUCAACUUCUCACUUACUAUGUAAUUGACUUAUUUAUUAUGUUUAUUGUGUUGUAUCCUUCCUCUAGAGAGUAAGCACAAUGAAGACAGGGAUUUUUGUAUGUUUUUAAUCAAUGGAAUGUAUUCCCAGCACCUAAAAUAGUGCCUGACACACAGUAAGGGCUCAGUAAAUACUUGUCGAAUAAAGUCGCUCUCCUUCCUUAGCGUUGUAAUGGUUUGCUUCAUUUCCUCCAUCUUUGGCAGGAAGGGCUUGCUAGAAUUUUUGCAUACACAUGUUUCUCUCAUUGUUGACUUACAAAUUUAAACUCAGAGUUUUAGAAUGCUUUGGACAUAGUGUCAUUUCACAUUUGUUUACCUGUUUGAACAACGGUCAUUGACCACUAUGAAUCUGAAAAUGGAACAAAGGAGAAUUCUGCCCUUCGCUAUCCUGGGACUGGAGGAGUGAUGUGAGAGUAGCUUCAGAUAGGUCAGAGUACCUUCCUCCUUCGGAACAAUUUUGAAAAACUUCAAUAGGAGAGAAAGAAAGAGGGUUGUUUAUUAGGAAUUUUAUAUUUUGUAAAAUUGUAACUUUUUCCCCACAAUUACUAGUGUCAUGAGAGUGAUAGUGACAAUGUUCUGAAAGAAUAUCAUGUUCCAAUAGUAUGUCUUGUAUCUUUCAUUUUAGUCAAUAUUUUCCCUUGCCAAAAGAUCUGACCUCUUAGGCCUCGCUUAUUCCUUUCAGAUAAACGUCCUAUAAACUAAUAAACAACGUAACAAAUCAA